AUGGCUACCACCAACAACCCAUCGAAACUCGUCCCAGAACAGCUAUUCCACACUGUUCUCACCGUAAUCGACUACUCCCACGACGCCUCCGGCGCCAACCGCACGCUAUUCGUCCUCAAAACCCACGGCACCCUCGCCGCCGCAAAGAAAUACGCCAGCCACGCCCUAGAAGCCGUCAACUUCACAGCCGAAGACUUUGAAGUCUAUCGCGUCCGCGCCGACGAAGACCCAGCCAAGCCCUGGACCCACGGCGACGGCGUGCUGGUUUUCGCCCGCUCCUUUGAUGGGCAGGAAUUCCUCGUGGGAAUCGACACUACUCCUAACAACGAGUCUUUGACUUCAACUCUAAAUGGAGAGAUAAAGCUGCCCGAGGGCGCAAAGUUCCUGCACUACCUUUUGCAGAUCACGGUGGACUACAACGCCGAUCGUAGCGGCAGCUCGCAGACCACGGAAAUUGAAGGCACGUACGUCCAUCGUGCGGAUGCAUGGACGGCUGCGCAUGUGUCUCUCGAUCCCACAGAGUAUGCAGAGUUUGAUCGUCGGGGCGACGCACAAUUUGUCGAAGAAUGGCCCUUUGGCGAAGAUGUUGCGGUUCACGCGGUUUCUGAGACGGGACAAAACUACUUUAUUGCGGUGAAAAGGCCCCCCGAGCAGAAGCACGAGGUAAAGCCUCACUCGCUGAAAAAAUAG